GUAAAUAUUGGCAGAAAAACUGUUUCCAACCUAAUGACAAAAAAGUUUAUCUAAAAGAUAUGCUACGGACACUUUUAGUGUCAUUCUGUUGUAGAAAUUCAAUGUAUUUCCAUGAAAAUCAGAAAAAUGAUCUAAAACUUCCAUUUUUUUAUUUUAAUCUUUAGAGAGAGGCAUUGUUUUACCUGAUAAUUUUGUUUAUAGUAACAACUACAAACUCUGAUCAAUGAUGCUUGAAAACCUUUAUCAUUGGCUACAUGGCAUUUAUUUUUAUCCAACUCAAAAUCAAUUAAGGAACAAAAAUAAUCCAAUUUUGUUUUAAGUUUUCUACAAUCUAAUAUCAUGCUUUAUAUUUUUCCCAUUUUAUGAAUGCCCUACAUAUCUUAUCCUAAUUGAAUAUGUUUAAAGCAAAUGAAAUCUAAUAAAGGAUUUUAAACUCCCUAUAACAUGAUCAUUGCUGCUCUUUUUGUCCAGAUGAGACUGCCUUUCCAUAUCAGUGCCUCACAGGUAACCCUCCUCUUCCUCAACCUCCUCUGCCCAAUCCCACACACAGUUUCCACGCAUCUCCCAUCUUCUGCUGCUUUCUAUCCCAGUCAAGAGCUGGAGUCCAGCCUGUAUGACCUCAGAGCUCCACUGCAGGACACCAAAGUCCCUAAAAUGUGGUCUGACUGGCUUCAAGACUCUCUGCAAAUUCUUCUAGAGCCUGAGGAAGUGGGUGGUGUCUGGGAAGAAGAGCAGCUGCUGAGAGACCAGAGAGAAGACGUUAUGGAUCUGCCACUCUCCCCAUUUGCUGCUGAUAACUCUCUAGAGGCCAUGAACUAUCAGGACGGAGAAGGUGAAGAAGGCUGGAAAAGAAACGAUGCUCUUACAUCCAUGGCCGGAGGGCUUCAAGCCGUCAGCCGAGAGAAAGGAGGAUUUGGUUUCCGCUUUGGGAGGAAGAGACGACUAGAAAAGAGGAGGAGGGAUGGAGGGGUAAUUGAAGGAGCUGGAAAACAGAGGAGGACAAGAGAAAGGAGAAAGAGAGGUUUCAUAACUGAAGUGUGGGGUUAAACAGGAUUCCUUUUUUUAUCUUUACUUUAUUGUCAACAGAAAGCAACCAGUAGUAUCUAAUGCAUUUUAAACAGAGAGAAGAUGCAGAAAGCUGCUCUGUGCUUCACUGCCUAUAAUUGUAAGAAACGAGGCAAUAACGAAGAUUUUUGUUUAAUAAACAUUACAUAAUUUACAUGCCUUAAAAAUUCAUAUUAACUCUUCAUGAAAUUGCACAAAUGAAAACAAACUGUUAAGUUAAAUAUGUGACUUCACUCAUUGUAUCUGUCUCUCAGGCCUUGAUGUUUUUUUUUUAAAUUUACAGACAUUGUACAGCAGUUCAUCAACCCUUUCAAAGGAAAUUUGAAUGGUACCAGGUGAAAGCAAAAAUGACUAAUUUCAACCUGUAGUACAAGUACAAUUUAACAAAGGUUGUGAAUUGAUGAUCAAUCAGAAUAAAAAUAAGUGCAUAUUGUUGCAUUCUAUACAUAUCCAAUACAUCAUGUUUCAUGUCUCAUUAAAACCAACUAAGCUACUGUUUUACUCAGCACCAUCAUUAAUAAGUGUAUAUCUGCUUGGAUUAACCAAUUUAAGACGAGUGCAGCAUGCUAAACUUUAGGACGCUGCACUCACCUCUUGAUGGCGCCUUAGUGAUUCUAAUCAUUUUAGUGCAUCUCUGUGUGACAAACCUUCCCAGGUUCUUGGAACAGCAAUAUCAUAAAGAAUUUUGUAAAGUAAACAUUUACCAUUUCGAGGGGCUGAUCAUUAAACUCCUCAGAGCCAUUACUUUGAGAAAUAAUGAGAUUUGGUUAAGAAUAAAAAAGGGUUUAAUGCCGAAAAUGAUCAAAUGUUACACGUCAUACAAAUGGAAUAGGGUGACAUUCACUGUCCAGCGCUAGACUCCACUCAUCUCGCCUUAAGAGCACACACCAAGUGAAGCAAAGAAUGUAGAAUAUUCUCCUCAUUCUGCACCCUCUGUGUGCCAGUUUUAUAUGUUAUGCACACUGCUUACUGCUAUGCAAGCAUGCAGCAUCAUAUACUGCGUAUGAUCAUAUAUAUAAAGGACACAGAAUCAUAUACCCAUAAAAAAUGUUUGCAGGAAGUAUGAGACUUCUGAAAUGUAAAAAAAUCAUAUUUGAAAAGAAAAUGACAGUCGUCAUAUAGUCUGGAUUUCAUGUCAUGAAGCCUGUAGUUACUUUUCUACAUUGAUGCAAGAGGUUUAGUCACACAAUAUAGAAAACAUAAAAAUGUCAGUUUAGAUACAUAUGUGAAACCUCAAUGGCAAGAGAUCCAUGACUAUGCCUAAAAUUUGAUCAUUCAAGUCAUUUAAAGACUUUCUAAGUCUUUAAAAUAGGUCCAACAGAUAUAUGAAACAUCAGAAGCUUCCAGUAAUUCGGUUAAAGAGUAUUAAAAAGGCAAUGAAUAAAUAAAAAUACAUAUGCCCUUGUCGGUUACCACAAUAUGUUAUUUGCUUUUCAGUUUUACAUUUAAAAAACCGUCGUUAGGCUACUACUUGCUUUCAGUCAAACCUAUAAUGCUGUAAUCUGCCUAGCGACUGAUUACGAUUUAUCGGAUUGGCUGAUCAUGAAGAAAGACACUGAGGCUGACGCUGGUCGGUUUAGGCGUGUAGGUGUGUUACCUUAACUAGUCACUGCCAGUCCUAAAAGCCGAUAAUAGUAGAGAGAGUCAUCUAAUGAACAAAAACAGCUCAUGUUUACAGACUAGAAAUUUUAAUACUUCACAAUUAAAGGAGCAAAACAAAAGUUACCGCACAUUACUCCACACGAGGUGUAGGUAUUUAAUUCUGCAUAUAAUCAAAAGCAAAAACAUGAUUUAUUUGCAUUGUCAACUUCGCUGUCAUUCAAAAUGAAUUUGAAGCUCCACAAAAUAUUUGAACAAAAGAGGAAGUGGCUCAACUGAAAAAAAAAAAAAAAACAAGCCUGAUGAAAUCCGGAAGAGUAUAAUGUCGCGUUCA